AAUAGAGUAAAUGCCAUCUACGGAAUAACCACAGGGAGCGCUUUCCUGUCUGUGGUCCGUUCGUCGAAAUGACUUUUAUAAAGCCUGCAUCCUGCAUUAUUGGAAGGUCGCAGUUUGCCUGGAUCACUGGUGCUUUUCUACUAUUUCUAAUUGCAGAUAGGUGGACAACUUUCGCUUAUACUCAAGGUAACUUAAGGUGGACAGAUAAUUUAACUUAUGCUAGGAUCAGAAUUCCAAGGGAAACUGUUGACAUCCAGAAACACUUGCUGCAGUAUUUUAGAUCGCCGUUAUUAUGAUUGCAGUUUUAAAUGAUUGGUUUCUAUGGCGGCUAACACUCAAAGCUGACUGACUUCACUGCUAAACAGCGCUGUCAAUUAAAGCGGAACAGCCCGAAAGUAUCGGCUUGAAUUAAACUGGGAUACCUUUUCAACAGCUACAGAAUAACGUAUAAAAACAUAAUACGGUAUCGCCUGUCUUGUCAUUGAAUAGUAACUGUAUUGAACUGUCAUAAUAAAAUGUAUUGAACUUUCAUAUAUUAACAUUCCAACAAUUAUAACGAAUAUGUCAGCUAAAUUUACCUUUGUUCAGUUUUACAUGUCUAUGUCGUACUUCUUUGAAUUAUAAACAAUCACGAGACGAAACCAAGGGAAAAACACUUUUUUCAUCUUUUUAAAGUCUUGACUAAUUCUUGCUGGGGAAAUUUCAUUUUUGCAUCACCAACGUGAAAUGUAACUUUGUGAACGGCCAUCAAACUCACCAAGCGAAUUGAAACAGCUCAGAUUUUGGUUUUCACGGAAAGACUGGCUCUCGCAAAAAUAUUCAAAGAAUUCUUUUUAGUUAUCAAUUGGACUUCAACGAAAAACUUUGAAAUCGAAAGCGAUUGCGAAGAUUUAGGUUUCAUUUGGUUAUUGACGCCAUGGCCAGUAGAAUGGGAGGCCCUCCAAAUCAGUAGAGACGUUUUACGCACCGCCGUAGAAACUAGUUAAGAAAUUUAGGCCGAUAAAAAAUCGUGAGAAAUGUGACCACGAUAAAGAAAACUGCAGAUAUAGGCAAUGAUCAAAGUGAUCAUUUACGAUUAGCACGGUUAUCUUAAUAGAAACGCACAUUAAAGGUCUGAUACUUGAGUUCGUAGAUAGAAUCAAUAUUCUAGAUAAAGUCUGUGAGAGCGUUUAGAUAAAUACUUCCUUGAAAUACUAUGUUUAUAGCGAGGUUUAAGGUUGAGUGAAUCCAAUCAAAUACAGAUGACGUCCCUCGUCGCUGAGUUCUUGAAAAAUUAAGAAUAAUGAUAGUAAGUAAAGCUUGAUGCAUACAAUAAUGGUUCUAACGAAAGCCAUAUACCGAAAUUGGUGACAUAAUAUCAAAUGAUGGUGUGAUCUUGUCGUGCCUUGAUAAUUGCUAUAUUAGCAGCCCGCUGAAACGGAUGCCGACAUUUUAAUCGAGUCGAAAUCCAGCCCCAUUUAACAUAUUUGAUCAGUUUGGUCACUUUAUUGGACAGCUGUUGAAUGAUGUUUUUAAUCAGGUUUAACUGACUCAGUCCUGCACCACACCAAAAAGAAAUAUUUGCCACUCUAACUAUUAAAUCUGACAAGCCAUUGACAUUAAAAAAAAAGAGAGAUUGAUUAAUAAAAAUGCAUUUUCAAAUGCCAUAAAUAUGUAUGAUCUCUACCUUUCCGUCAUUUCAUUUCGUUCUUUGAUUAUUAAUAAGUUGUAAUAAUCUACCUAUAGAUAACGAAACUAUAAUUGUAUAAACAACUGUAUUACUUAAAGAAUAUUUCCUUCCCUUCACCUCCAAAGACUGCCAUUCCGAAAUAGCAGCGAUACAUGCCUUCUUGUCAAUUAUAAAUCAUUUCCUUAAAAUAAUAAUGAUGAUGAUGAUGAUGAUGAUGAUAACGAUAGUGAUGAUGAUAUACUAGACUAGGGUAGACUAGACUGGUUAAGAAACUACCUAUUAGGAGGAAAACAAAUUGUUAAAUUCAAAUCAACCAGCUCAGAUGACUUAACAAUUAAGUGUGGUGUGCCACAAGGAUCGGUUCUUGGACCACUCUUGUUUUUAAUAUAUGUCAUUGAUAUAUGUAAAAACUCUGAGAUAUUAUUAUGUACGAUGUAUGAAGGUUGGCAAAAAACCUACAUAUAAUGAAAAAAAUUAUGAUGAUAAUGAUAAUGAUGAUGAUGAGAAGGAUAAUUAUAAUACCUUAUUCUCCUUAAUUUUCGCGGGUUCUUAAAUUCGCGAUUUUAAAAAAUUCGCGAACUUAAAGACCCGCGAAAAAUAACGACCGCGAACUUUGAUCUCGCGAAAUUUAAUGGACAUAGAAAAUCAUGUAUUUGUGUUUACAAGGGUCCUAAACAAUUUUUAACACAAGGUGUUAGUACAAGUAGCUAUCAUCUAUCAACUUCAGAUGUUAAUUUUUAAAAUUUUUCAUACUAAACUAGUGAGCAGCACUCUGCGAACUGUUGCUGUAAAACUUGUUUAUUACUUAUUUUACCUAAAACCGUGGCCCCAAAGUUUUCUCACGCCUUGCGUAAAAAAUUUCACAGCUGCGCCUGUUCCUUUUCGUAAAUCCGGCCAAACCUUUAAUGUUUGCGACCAUCAUUAGUUUUAGUCAUAUUAUGGCUUAUGAAUACAGGCGUUUAGUAUUUGAUUGUAAAACUCCCUGAGGAAGUCUACGUUAGUUAGACGAAACGCGUAGGAGUAUAAACAAGUUUUACAGCAACAGUUCGCAGAGUGCUGCUCACUAGUUUAAUUUUAAAAAUUUUAAAAAUUGUCACAUCACUAAAGGAUGGGAAAAGGCUGGCAUCGCCCAACUAUUAGAUGAAUCGUUUAGUCUUCCCCCUGAGGAUCCAUUUGAAGAGACUGAAGGUUCUGUUGAGAUCUCCUAGAAAAGACAUGUAAAGAUACUCUCGAUACUCCAUGACGACUCGGAAGAACAAGAGGAAUACGGCUGCCGCUAAGGGACAGCAUAUUGGUUUUGUUUCAACUGUUGAUUAACGUACAAUUUUUGUAAAACAGAAAAAAAUAAAGUCACUUAAUCGUCAAUUUCGCGAAAUUAAAUUCCCUGCAAACGUAAUUUUUCUCCGCGAUCGCGAAAUUAAAGACUCGCGAAAUGUGCCGAGAAAAUUUUCGCCAAAUUUAAGUCCCGCGAAAAUAAAGGAGAAUAAGGUAAUAUGAUAAUGAUGAUGAUAAUGUUAAUUAUAAUUAUAAUUAUAGUGAUAGUGAUAGUGAUAGUGAUAGUGAUAAUGAUAGUGAUAGUGAUAGUGAUAGUGAUAGUGACAGUGAUAGUGAUAGUGAUGAUGAUUAUGAUAAGAUCAACUUUUAUCCAGGGAUGUUAGUUGACAAAACCUUAAUUGUUUGUUUUAGCUUCAUGCCCAGAUGGCUGGAUUGAAGGUGUUCACGGAUACUGCUACAACUUUUCUUCCGACAACUUAACCUGGCCCCAUGCAAAAUCCGCUUGCGAAGCUGUGGGAUCUAGACUU